CCGAAAAACCACUUUCUAGUUCCUGCAAAAGCUUUGCCUCCUCCUCCCACUCUCUCUCUCUUACUUCAAACCCUGUUUCCAAAUUUCCCAAUCACAAAACCGUUACCAACGCCAUGAACUCUACAGCACCAGCAACAACCACCGGCGGCCGAGGCAAGCCCAGGGGCACAAAGGCCGUUUCCCGAUCCCUCAAAGCCGGCCUCCAGUUCCCCGUCGGCCGAGUCGCUCGCUUCCUCAGAAAAGGCCGCUAUGCCCAGCGUGUUGGCUCCGGUUCGCCCAUCUACCUCUCUGCUGUGCUCGAAUACCUCGCUGCUGAGGUAUUGGAGCUAGCGGGGAAUGCGGCGAGGGACAACAAGAAGAAUCGGAUUGUUCCGAGGCACAUCCAGUUGGCUGUGAGGAACGAUGAGGAGUUCAGCAAGCUGUUGGGAUCGGUGACGAUUGCGAAUGGUGGAGUUUUGCCCAACAUCAACCAGGUUCUCCUGCCGAAGAAGGCCGGGAAAGGAAAAGGCGAGAUCGGAUCUGUUUCGCAGGAGUUCUAGGGUUUUUUUAGGAGUUGUGAAUUUCGUGUCUCUGUUUUGGAAAUAGUGGUGUUGGUUUGUUCUGCAUAUCAGCUUUCGUUUUGUCAAUAUAGUAGUAUUUUGUUGUGGACUUGUUCCUCUCAACUCUGCAGUUUGUCAUAUAUGGAAAACUCGUGGUACUUUUAAAUCA